AUGGAACUUCGGUGUGCGGUGUCAGUGCUCCUGGCACUUCUUGCCCAUUUUCGAGUGCAGGCCGUUUUGUGGCCAGACCAGAAUCCUUCGGAGGAGCACCUGGCCACUGAGAUCUCAGCCACUCUGCAGAAGAUCUUCACCAAUAGCUUUGCGGUCAAUAAUUUAAGUAUCUUUAUUAGCACCGCUUACGAAAAAAUGGACAGGGAUCGUGUGAACCUGGUCCAUCUAGUCCUGGAUCGCAGUUUAAUGCGUCUGAAUUGUCCAGUGCCCGUGGUUCUGGAUUCCCGAAUGAACCGUAAGCUAGCCACCCAAGUCAGCACCCAGUUGCUCUUCGUUCAAAACGCCCAACAGGUCAAGGCCGUAGCCGAUGGCAUAGAGAUAAAUCAUUUGUGCAUUGUGGUAUUGCUGUCAUUCCUGUCGGAUUCGGAGGAACGUUCCAUAAUGUCCACCAUAUUCGCAUAUUUCUUGCAACAGCGCUACAACAUAAACGUGGCUAUCGUGGUGCCCAGUUUGCAGGGAGUCCGGGGAUUCAAUGUCCUGCCAUACACCGCCGAAAGUUGCACGAGCACGGAACCGGUGGCAAUCGAUUUGAAGGAUUCCCGCAUACGAGAUCUCUAUCCGGAGCGGUUGAAGAACCUGCAUGGCUGUCCACUAAGCGUCAUUGUGUGGGACAUACCGCCCUAUAUGAAGGUGCAUUGGGAGCGAAGCGAUCCCCUGACCAUGCUGGAAGGAUUGGAUGGCAGACUGCUGAGGAUCCUGGCCCGUAAGAUGAACUUUACGCUGGAGUUGAUCCCGAAUGAACCGGCUGGACUGAUUGGUGGUUCCAGCUAUAUGAAUGGCACCUUCACGGGUGCCUAUAAAAUGCUCCGCGAGAGGAGGGCCAAUAUGACCAUUGGGUGUGCCGCCUGUACGACGGAGAGAUCCGCCUAUUUGGCAGUCACUGUACCCUACAGCCAGCUGUCCUACAUAAUAGUGAUGCGGGCCAGAGAUGGCUAUAGCAUCUAUGAAGUAAUGUUGUUUCCCUUCAACAGAUAUACCUGGUUAUUCCUGGGAGCUAUUCUCUGCCUUCAUAGGAUUCUGCAUAGAUGCUGGCUAGUGCCGGCUCCGGUUUUCGCUGGCUGGAUGCUCUGGAUAUUUGUCAUUCGCGUCAGCUACGAGGCUUCUGUUUUUAAUUUCAUACACAACUCACCGGUGAAGCCAUCACCUCGCACAUUUGAGGAAACAUUGAAUGUAGGCUUUCGUUUUAUCACCGAUCACGCCACCUACCGGAUGACCUUGAAACUACCGGCUUUUGAGGGGAAAACCGCAAUAUCGCCGGGGCAACCAGUGGAUGUUUUCCAUACCCUUUUGAAGGCUCCUUGGAAAACGGGCGCCUUCACAAGUCGCUCUUUUCUGGCCGAAUACUUGGUCAAACAUAGAAACCAUCGAAGUCAGUUGGUGAUUCUGGCCGAGAAGAUCGUCGACAAUAUGAUAUGCAUGUACUUUCCCUAUGGCUCCUACUUCGCCUGGGAGAUCAGUCAUCUGCUCUUCAAAAUGCGCAGCUUUGGCCUGUUCCAGCACCAUUCGCAGAUCCUCGCGUGGAACAGCAUGCCCACCACCACGGAUGCCCCGGAUCCCAGAUCGGCGCGAUAUGCUCAACGUGAGGAUGCUGCCACGGGAUUCGCCAAAUCCAUGGGCUUCGUCCUGGCGGCCCUUAACUGCCUGAUGGCAGCCCUCGGCGUUUCCAUUCUCGUUUUUGGGCUAGAGCACCUCAGUCACACGCACCGCUCGCCGAGAUUGACUUGGCUAAUGGAGAGAAUUUGA